CUCUUAAAUAGCAAAGAUAUGCCCCGCCUUCUCUCUCUCUCUCUCUCUUUCUCUCUGCCUCGCGUGAAUUGAAUGACGCUUUCAUAGACUCGUAAUCUUCCUUCACUUUCUCGCUUCUCAGCACAAAAUCUGUUCAUUCCCCCCCCUCCGAAAUCCUCGAUAUUAUUAGAUUGUAAGAUUGUGAUUUGAUAUCUGUUUGCAGUUGAAAUGUUCCUUCGGAGAAAACAUUCACAGAAGGAUGAUUCCGAUCAACGAGAUUCAAAGGUCAGUGAACUCAGGACUGCUAUAGGACCCUUGUCUGGUCGCAGUGCAAAGUACUGCACUGAUGCAUGUUUGAGGAGAUAUUUGGAAGCUCGGAAUUGGAAUGUUGACAAAGCAAAGAAAAUGUUGGAAGAGACGUUAAAGUGGCGAUUGACUUAUAAGCCUGAAGAAAUCCGUUGGCACGAAGUGGCACAUGAAGGUGAGACCGGAAAAGUUUCCAGGGCAAAUUUUCAUGACCAUCAAGGAAGGACCGUGCUUAUAAUGAGGCCUGGAAUGCAGAACACGAAAUCAGCUGAAAACAAUAUCCGACAUUUGGUCUAUCUUUUAGAAAAUGCUAUCAUGAAUCUUGCCGAGGGCCAGGAACAAAUGUCCUGGUUGAUAGACUUCACCGGGUUUUCGUUGAACACCAGCAUUCCCAUCAAAGUAGCUCGUGAUAUUGUUUACAUUCUACAAGGCCAUUAUCCGGAAAGACUUGCUGUUGCUUUCUUGUGUAAUCCACCAAAGAUUUUCGAGGCAUUCUAUAAGGCUGUCAAGUAUUUUCUUGAUCCGAAAACAGCUCAGAAGGUGAAGUUUGUGUACCCUAAAAACAAAGACAGCAUGGAGCUCAUGAAAUCAUACUUUGAUGUCGAGGACCUCCCCGUUGAAUUUGGUGGAAACGGAACGCUGAAGUACGACCAUGAAGAGUUCUCACGAUUAAUGGCUGAGGAUGAUGUAAAAACCGCUAAAUUCUGGGGAAUUGACGACAAGCCUUACCACAUUGCCAAUGGCAGUGGGCAUUCAGCAGCCGAAGUGGCACCCGAGCCAGUAGCACCCAUUGCGCAACGAGUAAGCUAAGCAAGCUGAUCCUGCCUGCCUACUUGGCUAGAGGGGCCGGGCUUCAAUAUUUAACGGAUUACCAUCAAAUAUGAAGCAAUUAAUGGGAAUUCCAUAUUAACAUUGCCUUCCUUGCUUAGAUGAAAAAACUUCAUAACUUCAUUUUAGUUUUUAAAAUUAACGGAUUAUAUUAAUUCUGGGAUCGAGAUUUUGAAUUAGAUCAUUUUUGGGAUUGGGUUGAUUGGAUUUUGAUUAUAUGGGUUUGAGGAUUAAGUUUUUUGGGUGCUAAGUUAUAAGUUUGGCUUUCUUUCAA